CGAUGAAAUUAUAUAGAAACCACCUUACAAGUACAACCUAAAACAUACACCUAAACUAGGCGAGGAUGAUAUCUCCAGUUAUUUUCAUAUUUUCCCUCCUCCUUUCGUACUCCCAUGCUGUGCAAGACUUCUGUGUAGGUGACCUCACAGCUCCUGAAAGCCCUGUAGGCUACUCUUGCAAGAAUCCUGCAAAUGUGACGGCGGAUGAUUUUGUUUUCACCGGCCUAGGCGUUCCGGCCAACACCUCUAAUAGUAACAAAGCUGGGGUGAUCCCGGCCUUUGCCCCACAGUUUCCUGGUAUAAACGGCCUUGGAAUUUCUUUCGCUCGUGCGGACUUUGCGGUUGGAGGAGCUAUCCCAUUACACUCACAUCCUGGAGGUUCAGAAGUCGUACUUGUUGCGGAAGGAACGAUAUUUGCAGGGUUCAUUUCCUCAACAAGUAAUAAAGUUUAUACAAAGACUCUUAAGAAGGGUGAUAUUAUGGUUUUCCCUCAAGGAUUACUGCACUUCCAAGUGAAUACCGGACCUUCUCCAGCCACUGUAUUUGUUAGCUUCAGUAGUGCGACCCCAGGUGCCCAGCUGCUGCCCCUCGCUUUGUUUCAAAACGACUUACCCACUGCCGUGAUAGCGGCAACUACCUCCCUUGAUAUUGCUGAGAUUAAGAAGCUUAAAGCAAUUCUUGGUGGCACUGGUUAAGAUCUUUGACCAGCCAGCAUGCAGCGAGCGCCGUUUCUACGUACGUAAUGUAUUAAUAAAAUUUUUUAAAAAAAUAAGGAAAAAAAAAAAAGAAAAAGAAAAAGAUACAUGCAUGUGAUCAGUUGUUUUUGUU